UGUGAAUCCACAGGAGAGGGUGUGUGCUUGUGUGAACUCCUGCUGCCACGCACACACACACACACACACACACUAACAACAGCUGGCUCGGUUUAGAUUAAUGUGACGCUCGGUAUGUUGCAGCAGCAGCCUAUUACAGGCAACGGGCCCAACUCAGGCCGGGGGCUCGCGUUGAACGCUCACCCGGGAAUGCACGCCCUGAACUCGGUGCACGCUCCGCCACAACACCGGCCCGAUGGCGACGCGGGCCUCGAGGGAACAGAAAACGGGCAUGAAAACAGACGGGACAUUGGGGAUAUUUUGCAGCAAAUUAUGACCAUCACCGACCAAAGUCUAGACGAAGCCCAGGCGAAAAAACAUGCCCUGAACUGUCACCGAAUGAAACCGGCUUUAUUCAGCGUGCUUUGCGAAAUUAAAGAAAAAACAGGUCUGUCCAUGCGAAACGCGCAGGAGGAGGAGCCGCCGGAUCCGCAGCUCGUCCGACUGGACAACAUGCUCCUGGCCGAGGGCGUGGCCGGCCCGGAGAAAGGAGGAGGAGCCGCCGCCGCCGUCUCCGCUGCGACCAGCUCGGGCGGCAUGUCUCCGGACAGCUCUCUGGAGCACUCGGACUACAAACAGAAGCUGAGCCAGAUUCGCACGAUCUACCACACCGAGCUGGAGAAAUAUGAGCAGGCAUGCAGCGAGUUCACCACCCACGUCAUGAACCUGCUGCGCGAGCAGUCGCGUACGCGGCCUGUGUCGCCGCGCGAGAUCGAGCGCAUGGUGGCCAUCAUCCACCGCAAGUUCAGCUCCAUCCAGACGCAGCUUAAACAGAGCACUUGCGAGGCGGUCAUGAUCCUCCGCUCCCGCUUCCUGGACGCCAGGCGCAAGAGACGCAACUUCAGCAAGCAGGCCACGGAGGUGCUGAACGAGUACUUCUACUCGCACCUGUCUAACCCGUAUCCCAGCGAGGAGGCCAAGGAGGAGCUCGCCAAACAGUGCGGCAUCACCAUCUCUCAGGUGUCCAACUGGUUUGGCAACAAGAGGAUCCGCUACAAGAAAAACAUCGGCAAGUUCCAGGAAGAGGCCAACAUUUAUGCCAUGAAGACGGCCAUGGGGGCGACGCAGAGAGAGGGAUCGCCCCAAACGCCCAACUCUACCGGCUCAGGGUCCUUCUCCCUCUCAGGGUCAGCUGAUCUCUUCCUCGGAGUUCCUCCAGUGAACGGAGAGCAGCCUGGUUACCACAUGGGGGCUCAGGACUCGCGCUUUUCAGAAAGACUCUAUAGUCCCAGAGAGAGCCGGACUAACGGAACCUGGCAGGAACAGAACACGCCUCCCUCUCCACCCGGAAGUGAGGCCUCCGACAAUUCAGACUGAUGGCCACCGCCGUUCCCUGACGCGUCUGAGAGACAAGGAGAUAACGGAGAGAACGAUGGUCACUCUUCUGCGAAAGUGCAGUGUUUUUAGUUUUGUUUAGUUUUUUUUUCCUUUAAGGGAAAAAAGGUCAAUAUCUGGAAAGCGUGUGCACAAAAGAGAGAGACACUAAGGAAAUGUCUUUUAUUUAGACUCAUGUACUCGGAUGUUUUUUUUUUUUAAUUAUAAUUUUUUUGUUUAUAGUUUUGUUUAUUUUUUUCCAUCACUACUUCCACUAUACGUUACUGCAAUAUUUGGGUUUUGAAGAAGAAGGGGAAUCUUUGUAAGGUGCAUCAAGUCUGCUUUUCUUUAUAACUAUAGUACUAUUGUUACUGAUAUCACUGCUACUCUAAACCUGUAUUGUUUCUUUUUAUUUUUUUUUGACGCUCAGAUAGAGAUGAAUUGGCAUGGCUAAAAGGGGCAAUAGAGAAUAAUCCAAAGAUCGUUUUGUCUUUUGUUUUUGUGUGUGGGUGUGUGUGUGUGUGUGUGUGUGUGUGUGUGUGUGUGUUUCUCUUUUUUUACUGUGUGUACCUGUUUUCCGAAUGGGGUGUGCUUACCGUCUUUAUUUUACGGUUUGAAUGCGUAUAUCAACAGUGCUGUCUUUCUCUGUACAGUGAAACACCUGUAUUCUCUACCUCUUUUACAAUAAAGACUGUCUGUGUACACAUUCA